AUGGAGAACGCAACCAGCAAUGAUCCUAUUGAAGGCAUUAUUUGCCCGGAAUGCUUGUCACGAUUUGACACCAUUGAUCAUUUACUUUGGCACUUUGAAUCGAUCCAUCCAGAAAUCCAAGUAUCAGCAACACCUAGCGAUAAUGACGAUGAUUUAAUCGAUGUCACACACUCCUCUACAGGAGAAGAACAACAAUCUCAGACUCUUCCUCCUCCGAAAAGUGUCUCAAAUCUUAUUAGACGCAUUAUAGCCAGGGGAAAAUAUAGAUACAUUGGUGAUUCAUAUGACUUAGAUUUAACUUAUAUUACGGACAGAAUUAUUGUCAUGUCAAUACCUGGUGAAGGAAUCCAUGCCUUAUAUCGUAAUAAAAUUGAAGAUGUUGUCGGAUUACUUAAUCACAAACAUGGGAAGAAGUAUAUCGUAUUCAAUCUAUCCACUGAAACUUAUGAUUUUAAUAAGUUUGACAACCAAGUCUUAGAAUUUGGUUGGCCUGAUCAUACAGCUCCGCCUUUAGAGAGAUUAUGCAGCAUUUGUAAAUCCAUGAAAUCGUGGCUAGAAUCUGAUGAUGAAAACGUGGUUGUUGUACAUUGCAAAGGUGGUAAAGGAAGAACUGGUGUCGUUAUAGCUGCUUACUUGCAGUAUUCCAAAGUUUGCUCAACGCCUGAAGCUGCUUUGGAAGUUUUCAAGAUGAAACGAUUCCAUAAUAAAAAUGGUGGUGUAACUCAGCCGUCCCAAAUUAGAUAUGUUGGCUACUUUCAUGAUUUUAUUUCUGGAAAAAUGAACCUGCAUAAAAGCCCUGUCUAUUUGCGACAAGUAGUUAUCCAUGGUGUGCCAAAUUACGAACAUAAAGGCUGUCGCCCUUAUGUUACUAUCAUGGACAACCAUUCCGAACACCCGUACGAGACUGAAACUCAGAUUAUUACAGAAAGGGAUACGACAAUUCGUUUUAACUUUCCUCAUAAUUUUAAACUGUUCGGUGAUGUUAUUGUCCGCUGUUAUCAUCGAAAAUCACGUGCAAGUCCAGAAAUAAUUUUUAGAUGUCAAUUCCACACUGCAAUGCUUUCAAAAUUUCCAUUGGUGUUAGGAAAGCAUGAAUUAGACGAUGCGCGCAAAGACAAAAGAUUUGCCAGUAACAUAAAAGUUGAAUUUAAUCUAGUCCCGUCAGAUAUCUCUGAAACUGAUGCACCCAAUGAUGACAGCAAUAAAAGAAAUUCGUUAUUAUAUUCUCUCGGAAUCUCUCACGAAGAAGGUACAGAUAUCGACCAAAAUUCGAAAUCAGCUAAUAGUGAAGAAAAUACCAACAGUGAAAUUGCAAUAAAGAAUGAAAUUGAGCGCUUAAUCUCGUUCGAAGAGCCAAAUAUCGAUUCGUUUUCAGAAACUAGCGAUGCUCACGUAGCUGCUGUUUUGCAAUCGUGUUCAAGCGAGCCUUUGAAACCAUCUCGGACUUCGAUUAGCAAUGACAAUAAUAACACUAUUUCUGCGUCUACACAUGUAAAAGAUGUGAAUUCAGAUAAUAGGUUAUUUAAUCAUCGCCAAUUCCAGUCUAAUCUUUUGAACGAAACUGGAUUGUCCAUGAUAUCUGGAUCGGUUACCAAACGAAAUAUUAACCCAUUUCGCCGCAAUUAUGAUAAAAUAGAAGACACAGGCACACUCGAUAGCACUAAGCCAUUUUAUUUUCCAGAUGGCUUUUCCGCAGCCACGACGACGUACAACCCAAAUAAUCCUUUUCUGGUUGAUGAAAGUGCUGACCAAAGUACUAGAAGUUCAUCAAGUAGUUUUUCGCACGGACAACAUUCACAAUCAGAUGCGAUUUCAAGCGAUGGCUACGAUCACUUAUACUCACUGCCAAUUUGGAACUCUCCAUAUAGCCCGAUAGCUCAAAUAAAUAGCAGCGAUUCGAAAAGACACAGUGGUAGCUUUGUUUGUGGAGAGAACAGUUCAAAUUGGAGCAAUUCGCUAUCAGAACCUGUUACUGAACUAGAUAGAUCUCUUUCCAAUAAUGAUUUGGUGCGUUCUAAAUCGGGUGAUAUAAAUUAUAACAUCAGUGAUGGAGUUGAUAACUCCUAUGGUAGUGAGCAAUACAAGUUGGAGAAAAUGAUGACAGACGAUAAUAAUAAUAAAAAGGCAUCAACAAAGAAUGACAACCAACUAACCGAAGAUCGGUCAAUAAGAUCGUCCGAUAGAUUUGAUUAUGAAAUGAAAAAUGAUGUGCACAAUAAUAAGAAUCAACUGAAUACUUCGCAAUUAAAUGAACGAGAUCAUCGUGAAAAUUCUUCACAUAGUAUGAAUAAUUUGCUAAGAGAACUCAAUGUAGAAUUUGUAGAUCUUCCUAGGAUAGAACAAGAAAAUAAUCGAUCCAGAUCUAGAGCAAUUUCGUUACCAAUUGUUUGGAGUCAGAAAUCUAAAACUGAUAAUAUACUGGAUACACAAGAUAUGUCGAUGCUCGUGAAAAAUGCGUUGAACUGGUACAAACCAACGUUGAGCCAAAAAGAGGUCACGGAUAUCCUAGGUUCAUCUUCGAUAGGUUCGUUUGUUGUCCGUGAUAGCACGAGUUUUAAGGAUGCCUUUGACUUAGCGAUAAAAUCAGGUUUCAACAAAACAGAGCAUUUCUUAAUUGAGCCUGUGGAACUUGGUGUACAAAUAAAAGGAUACGACAACGAGCCUGCCUUCUGCAGCUUAUCGGCUCUCAUACAGCAGCAUACACUGACCAGUUUAGCUCUUCCAUGCAAAUUAUCAAGACCUGAAUCAGCAUUUAAUGUUAUGUAUCUGGGGUCAAUAAAUGUCGAACGUGUAAACGAUUCAGAGACUUUAAACUUGUGUAUAAGCAAAUUUAUGUCUUAUUCAUCACGUGAUGAACCGAUUCCUGUUAGUUUUAAAGCAUCACUGGAGGGCGUAACUCUGACAGACGUCAACAAAAUGCAAUCUGAUGUCUUAAAUCAAGCGACAAAUAAUAUAAAUCCAAAAAAAUUACAAGCUUCGCAGCAUUUUGGAUUUGUUACAAAGGAUGUAUCACAACUUUUUGAUACUUGUUGGUUAUUUACGGAUAUAGAUCCAUCAGAAUCCUCAUCGACUAUAGCUGAGCUUGUUAAUUUCCUAUUGCCUUUUCAUACAAGUUGA